AUGGCUCCAACCAAGGAAAGGUCGAGAAGUAAAAAGUCCAUGUGGGACACUGAUGCACGGCCCAUGGGGGUUUCGCCGGACGACGUGUUGAUAGGGUGGUUCAAGCAGCCGGGCAAUUUCGAUCGUUUCAGCAGAGCCGACAGUGACAAAAAGAAGGCUGGUCGAGUCAAGGAAAGCAAGAUUGAUGUGGCUCGAGACAUAUUGGUGUUAUUGCAAAAUGCUGGAUUUACGGGUUUUGUCUUGAGUGGCAUCGUUGUAAGGGGCAGUCUUUGGAUCAGAAAGUAUCGUAUGGCGCGUAGAUUGGAUCGAGGUGGAGCCUCCAGGGCACAAGUCGAAAAAGCAUUCAACUACUAUUAUGAGCUCGUGGAUCACAUUCAACGUGGACGUGCGGGUGACGAUGAACCUGAAUCACCUUUGCCAUUAUCGACAAUGUCAUCUUCACACGGCUAUGAGAACUUUAGCACACCUCGAGAAUCACCAGCGCUGUUGGAGAGUGGACAGGACGCUCGAUGUGAGCUAUCAGGAGAAAACAUCAUUCGCAAUCAACCACGUCAACGACGCCCUGUAUCACGCUACACCGGUCAGGACGCUGCCGUUAGUGUUGCUCGAAAUCAAAGACAUCAAUCACGGUUGAGCCGAGAUCCAUAUCCACCCACCAUCAGCAGCAUGCAGCCAUCACAUCAACAGUACGACACUGAACACUUGUAUCGAUUGAUUGAACAACACCAUGCACAAACCAAUCAUAUCCUCAACAUGCAUGAUAAACAGCUCAAUCGAUUGAUUGAUCAAUAUCAAGACCUGGUCACCGAAAUGUCAAGAAGCCAUCGUAGCCAGCAAAUGCAAAUGCAAACUUCCUUGACAGCAUCAUUGAUUGAACGUAUGAAGGAUGCCGGUUUUUCAAAGGAGGAAAUAGCAUCCAAUAUGGCACAUCUUCAACAACAAUCACCACCACAACCACCACAACCACAACCACAACCACAACCACAACCACAACCACAACCACAACCACAACUACCAGCACCAUCAUCGUCUACUGGUGAACAUAUAUAG